GUAUUCAUUAUACACUUCAAUCUCGACAGCUAAUGUUUUUAGUUUGCAGCAUUCGUUUUCUACCGAAUAAUAAUCACUCCUCGAUUGCAUACCAUGAUACAGCUUUGUUUUAAUUUGCUACAUUAGUUGUACUAGUGGCUGUGACAGGUCCGAUUUACAAUCCUAAUGUGAUCGGUUACAGUUUAUUGGAAAUGGGUAGAGAAUCGUUUGUUACCCUUGCAACAAAUGAUGAAUACUGUGUGGGUGCACUUGUUUUAGCAGCGUCCUUAAAACAAUCAGAAACGUCUAAAGAGCUUACUAUUCUUGUAACACCUGGUCUCUCAUCACAGAUGAGACAACUGCUCUGCAGCACUUAUGAUAAUGUAAUUGAAGUACAACCAGUUAUAACCAAAGGCUGGAGUCAGCCUGUUAUUGGUGGUAGAACAGAGCUCAUUGAAACAUUCACAAAAAUUCAGGUUUGGUGUCUUAUUCAGUUUACCAAAGUUGUAUUUAUGGAUGCUGAUACUCUGGUAAGGCUUUAAAAGUUUUUGUCAUUCAAGCCAAAUAGAUUUCCCAUAAUUGUUUCCUAAAUACAUAAAGGUUUCACGUUUUGCAGGCGGAAGUCGCCAUCAAGUUGUUUAGUUUCAGUAGUAAAGAUAUUAGAUCAACUGACUUCCAUUAAACCCUAUACUAUAUCACGUUUAACACUGGCUUUGUGCUUAAGGUUUUUAAUGAUAAAAAUGAUGUCACUUGUCUGACUAAGCAGUUCCAGUAUCUGGUCACUCGUUAGGACAUAGAGGAUUCGAUACUGAAUUAUUUCAGCGUAGUGCUUAACUCUUUCUAGGGUUGUCUCCUUAGUAUAUUCUCCUACAAAAAGCAAAAAUAGUAUGUUAGCCGAGAGUCUAAGCAUCCAAAGAACCUCUUGUGUUUCAUAAUUAUUGAAAUAGACCUAAGCAUUUUUAUUAUCCCUGCUGGAACCAAGCUGGUAAACGAUCUUCUUAUACACCUAGGUAUAUCUCUAUUUUUGGCAGACUUUGAUAACAUCAGCGAGAACUUGUUCGUCAACUUUUCAGACAAACCGUAUUCGAUUUACACCUUGCACGGUCCAUAUUGUUAAACAGAUAGGAAUCAUUUAUUUGGUCAGUUAAUUUUAUCUUUCUCCAAAGACCUACAGAAGACCAACCAAGAGUUUUGUGGUCUUGAAAACUAUGUGUAAUUUCUAGUUGUACCCCGUUUGACAUCGGGCUUUCUAACUUUCAUUUUACUUUACUCCAUAUACAAUUGUCAGACAUAUUCCAUCUUUAAUACAGAGAUGUCUUGACAUUUGUUGAUUGGUAUUUUACACGGUAAAACUAAAAAUUGUCUUUAUGUUCGUAUCCCCUUAAUCAAACGUCUCUUAUGUAUACCAUAUACGUUCAAAGGUGAUAUAUUAGAAUCAGACAGCCGUGUCUACUCAAAAGGUGAAAGGUGGCCUCAUCGAUAGUAAUAAUUUCAGAAUAAUAUGAAACGAAUCACAAGUGCUUCUGCCUAAAAUGAGAAAAAAAUCAGAUAAAAAACUAGUUAUUUUUCCAGAACGUUUCACUUUGGUUGAUUAAUAGUGAGUUUUCUAAUGAAUCCAGGUUUUACAGAACGUUGAUGAAUUGUUCAACAGAUCUGAGUUUACUGCGGCACCUGAUCCUCUAUGGCCAGACUGUUUUAAUGCUGGUGUCUUUAUAUUAGAGCCUUCUAUGGACACAUACAACGGUCUUCUACGAAUGUUGUUUGACUCUGGGAGUUUUGAUGGAAGAGAACAAGGUUUACUGAAUACGUAUUUUUCCAACUGGUUAGAAGGAGAUAUAUCACAUAGACUACCUUGUAUAUACAACUGUAUUUGUCGUAUAUCAGAUGACACAAGUUUUGAAUUUUAUACAAGCAGAUCCGCUUGGGUUCAGUUUGGCGGAUCUGUUCGAGUUGUGCAUUUUGCUGGUCCAAUUAAACCUUGGCAUAAAACAUCCGCGGCUAAAACAUGCAGUCAAGCUGCUUUUUGCACAUUCUUUAAUACUGAUAAAAAUAGACGAUCAAUAUGUCGUGUAGCUGGUAUGCUGGCCUACUGGUGGUCAUUAUUUCUAAUUCUUGUACGACCAAAACUUUAUCCUGAUAUGUAUUUAAGUCACAUUUCAUUGGAUAGUCUAAGAAAAUAUGAUCAAAUUGAAGAUUCAUUCCAUAGCUGUCAUGAUAAGUUCCAUGUAUUUACUAAUGAAAAUCGUGAUACUCAUCAUAAAAACUCGUUUAUUCCGAUCAAUCAUUCUCCUCAUGAAGAAUAUAUUGAUAAAGUGAGUAGAAGAAAUCAUUCUUUAUUAACAACACUAGAAGACAAUUUAAAAUUACCUUAUCAUCCAGAAUUUCAUGAUACUAAUUGGGAUUAUUUAUAUAGAGGACAACGAAUUGAUGAAAGUAAUAGAUAUGUUGAACAUCAUCAAACAUGUAUUGAAACACCACUACUACCACCACCACCACCACCACAAUUUAAUCUUUCAUUAUCUGGUGUAAACUAUUGUCGAGAAGAGGAUACUAUGAAAAAUUCAUCUCAUGAAGAUCAUUACCAUGAUAAUGAACAUGAAUAUCAACAAAAAGAAAUAAGUCAAAAGUUGAAUGAAAAACACUCUAAUCAUAAUGUAAAUCAUCAAUCUAAUCAUUAUAAUGAUCAAGAAGAAGUUCAUGAGCAUCAUUUUGAAAAGAAUCCAUUGAAUAUUAUACAACAUCAUGAUACAACAGAACAAAAUAAUCAACAUUAUGAAAGUGAUAUCGUGAAGAAUGAUUUUCACCAUAAGACAGAACUUUUAAGUCAAGAAUCAAAAUCAAAUAAUACUCAGACAAUACCAGAACAGCCAUUACCUAUAUCAAAUGCAAACGUAUCUCCUAUAAAUUCUAUACAAUCUGAAUCAAUAGAAAAAUCUAAAUCAUCAUUCAACUAUUCAUUAAAUUGUCAUAAAUGUUAUGAUAAAUUAAUUAAAGAAUAUCAACGAUUAUUAUGUCCUAUGAAAGUGAAAAAAUUAUCUUUUGAUUCUAAUAUAAAACCUCGACAAGUAUUUAAAAAACAUCGACAUUACAGUUUAGGAAGUUCAUUCAAGUCUACAAUUAAAACUUUUUAUCCAAUUAAAAUAGAUUGUAGAAAACUUAAUAAAACAUCAUCAUUAACAGAUGUAGUAAAUAAGAAGUUAAUUAAGAAUGAUUCUCCAGAUUUCUUCAUAACUUGUAAUACACUUCCUAAUAAUAUGGAUCUUGGCAUAGAACAUUACAAUAGGGUUCCUAUUAAGAAUAUUGAUUUUGAAACGAAUUAUAAACAUCAAAACAUUAAUAAUAGAUUAUCAAUGAUUCAAUUCAAUCAAACAAUUGAAUUGAAUAAUAAAUUAAGCAAUCCAUUUCGUGGUUUAGAUAUUGCUUAUUUGGACAGUAAACAAGUUGAUCACACUAUCACUACUACUACGACUUCGACGACGACGACGACUACUACCAUUACUACUUCUAGCAAGAGGAAACCUCAUGGUCAUAACAAUAAAUCAUGCUUAUAUAAUGAAGUGGAUUUAAGAAGAAAAAGGAACAAUCUAUUCUCUUCACAGUUUAAACAAAGUUAUAGUGCUGAUAAUAUAAUACAACUUGAUUAUAAUACAAAGAUAAUCAAUUCUCAAUCAACCGAUUAUUUGAAUCAAUCAAAGUCAAAACGAUUAUCAUCAAUAUAUGAUAAUAACAAUAAUCUACAAUCCAAUUCUAUGAAAUUAGAUCAAAAUACAUGGCAAUUAAAAGUAAAACGUAAAAUAAAACAUGGAUAUCCAUGGAAAAUCUAUGAAAAUCAAUUUAUCAACAAUAACAAACUAUCAACAUCAUCAUCAACACCAUCAUUCAAUGUAACUAAAGCACAACACAAAUCUACUUCUUAUCAUCAUAGAAUGAUUGCGACUGGAAUAGCUGGUGAUUUAGCUAAUAUUGAUUAUGGUAAACAAUUAUGCUCAUAUCAUGCACAAUUAGAAAUUGCUAGUAAUGAACGAAUGUAUGCAUGGGAACGUGGUGAAAUUGAUUAUACUGGAAAAGAUCGUUUUAUAAAUAUUUUAAAUAAAUUAUGCACAACAUUACGUGAUAUUGGCGGUGAAACAAAUCUACCCAUUGGUACAGAUAUCAUGAAAUAAUCAAAUUAUAAAAAAAGGUUUUUUAAUAAAAUGUAUAUAUAUAUAUAUAAAUAUAUAUUUGUCAACUUGAAUUUCUCCAUUAACUAUUUCGUUUAUAUACUACUAAUAAUAAUCAGUAGUUUUAUGAGUAAUCUAUUUUAUUUUUCUUUUCAUAUUCAUCAAUUGAAAGUCAUUCAUUAUCUUUAUACUUUAUGAUAAGUAUUAGUUUAUUAUGAGCUUGAUCGAUUUAUUUAUUUCCCUUUUUUUCUUUUUUCUUUCUCUUUUCUCUUUUCUUUUUUCUUUCUUUUAAUACGAGCUAUAUUAUCACUUAGGUAAUUUUUGUUUCGUUCACCUUCUCAGGUUUCUUAUUACACAUGAAUUAUACUAACAAUACUAAUGAUUAUUAUUUAACUACCUAUUGAAUAUUGGAAUCUUACAUGACAAAACCAUGUAAAAAGAUGAUUGCCACUGUUGUUAUUUUCUUUUCUAAUCAUUGACCUAAUUCAUGUCAUUUCAACAAUACUGUCACCUUUAGCAUAUAUAUACUGUUGAAUGAUUUGUAUAUUAUAACUGUUUAUCGAAUAUAUUAAUGUUAAAUAGAAUAACCGUUUAUUCUUUGAUCGUAAAAAACAAAACAAAUAAGGUUGUUUUAUAUUUGUUACUAAGAGGGAGAGAAAAAAAACAAAAAAUAAAGAAAUUUUUUGAUUUCGUUUCAUUUAAUGGAAAUCAAUAAAUAUUCCCAUGUAUUAGAUUAAUCCCAAAUGUGAUUUUUGGUAAUCUGAUAUUAUUCUUUUCAAAAAAUGUAACCCUAUUGUUUGAUGAAUAGAUGAUGUAAUGUAAUUUGUUUUUUUUAAAAUAAAAGAUCUAAGUUAUGUAAUCAUAUAUGACAUGAAAAUAAUUUUUUAAAAUAAAAGAAAAAUACAGUUUUUUUA